GAGACACAAUGGAAGUCGCUAGAAUGCUGACGGUGGCGGGCGUGGGGAUGCUGCUGGCCCUUGUUUUGGUGUCAGCGCAUUAUGACAAUGGACACAAGACAGGACAGUUUGAUCCGGCCGCGAUGUGCACCAACUCCACCGACAGCGGGGAGUGCUUGAGGAGGGUCGAGGUCUGCCGCAACAUGCACCGUGAGUCGAACAAGCGAGAGCGAAUGGUGCAGACGAUUAUAAACUGCGCCCAACAACUCGACAUUAAAACGCUGCCUUCGUUCGAUUCCUCUCAGGAUCCAUCGGAGAGUUCGUACAUGCGUUUCCGAGCCUGGAUGCGCGCCCAUCCCGAGGAGAAAAGGAGACUGUUUGCCUGCGCUCACCAGGGGCUUUUCACGCCCGACGGCCACCCGAACCGAACGGCGCUGGUCGACCGAGUGUUGGCCGUUCUGGGAGACGAGGAGCAAGAACUUCGAACCGCCAUCGUUAACAACAUCAAAACAUGCCCGGCGAACACGCGCCGCGAGUAUUUCCGUUGUGUAUUCAUGGCUUGCGUAACUCCUUAAAGACACCACCCCCCCCUUGAGGAGAUGAGGACCCCCCCCCCAGCCAUCGAGAAACGAGGGAUACCUACCCCCUCCUACUCCCCCUCCCCCUCCUUCGCACUCCCCUACAUUCUACCCCCCUCCCCACCCCCACCCAACCUACCCACUCUUU